AAACCAUUGUAUUAUGCAAGAAAUGAUCUAUCGAUAAAGUUUUAGGGAAGAAGAAAUCAUACUUCAAGCAAUAGCUUUAUAAGAAAAACAACUUAGGUAGAGAAAAACCCGGAAUCGGAUAUCCUAGCAUUAUUUGCAGAAAUCAAACUCUAAUUUACCCGCAAAGGUUAUCUACUUACAGAAAAAAACGCUUUCUAUAAAAGGCGCGUAACAGAUCGACAUGAAGGCGGCAUUGUGGAUCGCUGUUUUCUUAUGCGUAGCAUUAUCAACAGUUGUGUCAAUCGAAUGCAAAUAUUGUUGGCCAGCUAUGGACAGAGAAAAAUGCCGCGCUAGCGAAAAGACAAUUAACUGCAGAGAAUACAAAAGCAUGGACUAUAACUCUUGUAUUGAGGUGAUAUACCACGGCAACCACACAAUCGCCCGCACCUGCUACCAAGGGUUGAAAUGCGGGGAUGCGCGAAUCGAUUGCAUGCUACAAGGUCCAUGUGAGGUCAAAUGCUGCCAGAAGAAUUUCUGUAACACUGCAGGGAAAUCCUCGGUAUCGUAUGCCCUGAUGGCGACUAUCACCUCGCUUAGCGCUUAUCUCUCACUUGCUUGAUGGCGAGGAGAAGACGAGAAAAAAAGGAACGUUUUUUACUACCCUUCAUUUCGUGAAAAAAAGAAAGAAAACGUUUGUCAACACGAACUUCCAUUUUCUUUGUUCAGAGUGCACAAAAUUAUUUAUGGUAGUGUUUGAUUUUGAUAAAUCGAUACAUUCAGGUAAUUGAAGGGAAGAAAAGUGUACUGGAAGCUAUUAGGAAGUAAGUACAGCUGCUAGAAGACUAAGCAUCUGCGUUUCGACUGGAAGGUUUUACAUAAAACAAGCAACAAGCCAAGUCACGGGUGAAGCACAGUUAAAAAGGGUUAGGUAGGGAUUAGUUAUUCAAGCGGAAAAUGUUUUCAUUUGCUCUUUAUUAGCUCGUUAGAAUUCAAGUUUGAAGGUUUCCACAUAGAGAGCGUAACAAACCCAGACCUGCCUUACACGUGCAGCAAAUCCACCUUUUUAACUACUAAAUGCCGCAACCUCGGGAUUCCAAUUAUACCGUAUACAUACAACCAUCCCAAAAUGUUGUUUAUGCAAGAUGGCAAAGGCAUAUGGAAAAUUGCAAUUCCAUGACCUAAAGGAACCAUUUCUACCAAAUGCAUUGUUGUAUGUAUAAAUCGUACGGUUAUCAUUAACCGUUAUAAAUGUAUAAAUCAAACGGUUAUCAAUAACCGUUAUUAAUGUAUUGUUCGGGUCCCACUGUAGUUAAUUUACCACCUUUUAUUCAUACGAAUAAUUUGAACUCACAAGCACUCCUCUUGCUCCAUUUGCCAUUCGCCGUUUGUGGCUUUAAAAUAUCUAUUAUAAUAUAUCUAUAUUAACAUAUAAUAUUUCGCCGCUAUCUACCUCAAUGGAAAUGGUAUAAUAAUAAUAUAUGUUUAUUAUUCCCUAUUGCAGUUGAGACUGAAUUGCAGGGAGAGAGCCAACAAACUUACAGUACACACAAUUAACAAUUAACAUAUUUUACAGUUACAAAAUCGUUUAGUCGUUUGGUUUUUGUCAUCUGUGUGCGCCUCGUAGUACCCGACCUAAGACUGUAUUUGGCGGGUACUACACAUGUCCUCGAGUCCAUCAGCUGUAGGACGGGAUGCUCGGGUGGAAGGUUGGCUACAUACUGGCGGCAUAGAUUAUUGCGGCGCGUCUCAAGAGUCUAAUAAUUGUUAAGUAUACACCACAUAACACUUAGCAUUUUAGGCAACCAGCCUUUUUAUUAUACUAAUGCUGUAAACCAAACAUUAAACGCAUCUUAUACACUCAAUGAAUCUUAUAAGAAAGCUUUACAAACAUU